CGGUCUUCGUAAGCGCGCGCUUCGAGUUCAGCUUUGCUGCGCUGCGCAACGACGCUGCCGCGUUAUACAAAACUGCCCAGAAGUUAGCUUAGGGGCGAUCGCCACAACUUGGCCAUUCAGUACGAUUUGAACGUUUCGUCUUGACGGUUGAUUUGAUUGGGCUGCAAUGUCCACAGCAGUAAAGGUGUAAAGAUGGUUAUUGCUUAGAACCAGAAUUUUGAGAAGUGAGUUGUAUGAAGUGUCGUGCAGAUAUUACAGAUUGUGAUAAAGAGAAAUCAUCACAGGUGAUUUACAUAUGAAUGACUUAUUGAAAAACAAAACUGCUUAUGCCAACGAUGGACAAGUCUGUGACUAAGAGUUUAUUUUAAGUGCUUAAAAGAACUUAUGCAUAUAAGAUACAUACAUACAUAGUUACAUGUGCAUCCAAUUUGUUACUUAUUAACGAACAAAGCGAUCAGGCUGAAGUAAUCUACGAAUACUUACUAAAAUCCGAUUAAAUUAUACGACAAAUUGUUUUAGUACAAUGUAAUAAAGAAUAUUAACGAAAACACUUUUAAGUUGUCAAAACUCAUCAAGAAUUAAAACUUAACAAAGUUAAAGUGUGAAUAAUAAAUCCAAAAAAAAAACGCGAUUAAAAAAAAAUGCGUUCCAAAAUCGCACCGUACCUUGUGGGAGCGCACCUCCUGCUGCUCGCGCUACUCACAUUGAGCGAAAACAGCGCGCAUGCGCUCAACACAGCCGAGGCAGCAGCAAAUCCGACUUGUUCACUGAAGGACAAUUGUAAUUUGAAUGACAACUUCCUGACAGACACUGGUGAGAUAAGUGACAAGGCGGCCAGCAAAUUGGAGAAUAAAAUUAAAUCCAUUUUCGAGGAUAAAGUAAAUUACAGCCUCAAAUUGUUCGCCGAUGAAGAUGUCAUAGAGUACAACGCAUUGGAAAGCAAUUUAUCAGAGCGCGCACGCAUGGCGGCGACAUCAGCGGCGAAUUUAACGCUACGCCAGUUCCAAGACGCUGCUGAUGUAGAAAAUGAUGAGCGAGGUGAGUCAGAAAUUUAUGUAAACGGGCCUCUUUGCCGCCUUUUUUGAAUAUCCGCAUCACGU